CGGCAACCACAUCGUCUCCUCCGUUCAAGUUUUUUAUUUUAUGUGUGAUGUUUGAUGUUUUGAUUCCAACAGUAAAUCUAUGUUUUUAGUUGUUUGAAAAGGUUGAUGGGUUUCAUCAAUCUAUUUUGAAUGCUCAGUUGCAUUUUUCUUAUGAAUUUUCCCAUGUUCAAACUAGUUAACAAAUAUUUAAUUGCUUUUAUGCUUGGUGAUUCUUUUGUUUGGCCCUAAAUUUUAAUCGGCUGACCUAAUUGUCUCUUCAUUUUAUACAAUUCUGCAGCAAUUAAGUGUUCUUGAUGGUUUUUCACAUCCAUGCUCUUUUUUCCCCUCAUUUCAAAUGCACAAUCACUAUUAGUAAGGAAAAAUCCUUUUCUGUUACUGAGCGAUUGUGGGUGAUUCACAAACCCAGGUUCUGAACCAAUUCUCGAUUACAAAUCAACUCGACCUUGAAUUGGUUUGGGUUGAUAUUCACUUGGUUAAACAUCUACUGGAAAGAAACAUGCAACGUUUUCUCUCUCCAUGUGUGUGUAUGAGAGGGAGAGAGAGAUAGAGAGAGAUAAAGAAAAUUCAUAAUUUUUAUUUUUGCAGGAAUGUUCUGUUUUCUUUUUUCCUUAAUGCUGAAAUAUUGAACAAAUAAAUUGUUUUCUUAUUUUUAAAAGCUUACUGAAAGAGAAAAGAUUUUGCAUAAAUUACUCAAUUUGCAGCAGGUUUGGUUUUGUGGAUUGCCAAACAUUACAAUUUUGUCGCCUUUGUUUGGUAACACUCCAUAUAAUGGUAAUUCAUACACAGUCGUUAUUUUGGUAAUAGGAACUGUGAAAGUAAUGUUAAUUUAAAAUAUAUGGUAGCCAUCUGACUUUCUCAUAGUCUCUCUUUGCGAAUGGUUUCCCUUUUUCGACCUAUUAUUUAUGUACUUACUCUCUCUUUUAAUUUUGUUCAGUUGAAUUAAGUACUUCAAGGUGCAGUUUGACUAACCCCAAGUUAUAUUAAAAUCUGUCUUGAUACGUAAGUAGUGAUAAGUUUGGGUCUUUGAAUUAAUGGCAAACCGGCCCCAGUCGCUUUCGAUGAAUGUAUCAUUCGGAGGUCCAAGUGCUUCAGUGCCAAGCAUUGCUGGAGCUCAAGCAAACAAGGAUCGUAAAAUGGCAUCAGCAGAGCACUUGGUGCUUGACCUAAGUAAUCCUGAUCUUCGAGAAAAUGCGCUUCUUGAACUUUCUAAGAACAAGGAGUUAUUUCAAGAUUUGGCUCCUUUCGUGUGGAAUUCUUUUGGUACUAUUGCUGCACUCAUACAGGAGAUAGUUUCAAUUUACCCUGUUCUAUCACCACCAAAUCUGACUGCAGUACAAUCCAAUCGAGUUUGCAAUGCUCUUGCUCUUCUUCAGUGUGUAGCUUCCCACCCAGAUACAAGGAUGUUGUUCCUCAAUGCUCAUAUACCUUUAUAUCUGUAUCCUUUUCUCAAUACAACGAGCAGGUCAAGACCAUUUGAGUACCUAAGGCUUACUAGUUUAGGAGUCAUUGGUGCUCUAGUGAAGGUUGAUGAUACAGAAGUUAUUAGUUUCCUUCUGUCAACAGAAAUAAUUCCACUGUGCCUUCGCACUAUGGAAAUGGGCAGUGAAUUGUCAAAAACAGUUGCCACAUUUAUAGUUCAAAAGAUUUUGUUGGAUGAUAUGGGCUUGGACUAUAUUUGUACUACAGCAGAGCGGUUUUUUGCAGUAGGUCGGGUUUUAGGGAGCAUGGUUACAGCACUUGCUGAGCAACCCUCAUCACGCCUUUUGAAACAUAUCAUUCGAUGUUAUCUUCGCUUGUCAGAUAAUCCAAGGGCUUGUGAUGCUUUAAGAAAUUGCCUUCCAGAUACGUUAAGAGAGGCUACCUUUAAUAAUUUCCUUUGUGAAGAUCCAACUACAAGGAGGUGGCUGCAACAACUGCUGCAAAACGUUGGAGUGAACCGGCUUCCUGCACUACAGGGUGGGGGAGGAUUUGAUCACAUGAUGGUGAAUUAAAUUAAGGGGCCUUUUCGUAGCAAGGCUGCUGCCGCCAUGUGUUGUGUUGAUGAAGAUGGUGACAGCAGCAUCAUAUGCAUAAACACUUUAAUGAUCUUAAUUAGCUUAUUGUAGUUAGUUUUAUACCCAAACAUUACCUCCUGGGCUGAAAAUUGAGCUGUUUUGUAGUUAAAACACUAGCUCCUCCUUCUCCUACGCUAGUAUGCUACAUCUUCAUUUUUGGUGACUUGAAAUGAUCCUCCUAUCCUUUCCUAUUGGCCU